CUUGGUAUGUUCCUCUGCCGCUCAUUCAGAGUAAACCGUCAGAAUGUUUUCUGUGAGGUUGUGAUGAGGAGGGACAGCUGACUGAGCUGAGAUAGAGUUUGGCGGCGGCGGGUCUCGAACACAGUGGAAGUACCGUUGGCGAUGCGUAGCGACGCGUGUGUGAGCGCUUGCCGUGCUUCCCUCAGGAGUUUAAGUUGAGUCGCCCGCAGCAGCAGCGAACACCCAUGGCCACCGGUUGUCUAAUUAGAUUAGCCAGAGGCUUUUCCUCAGAUAAUCAUCCUGCCGGCUCUCUUCUCCUCUCCGCUGGAGCUACCGCCAUCCCGCUGCUCCGCUUGAAGGUCGAAUCUUAUUUCUGAACGGAGUGUGUUCAGUAGACCCAGCGGGGUGCCGACCGAGGUGAGGUGGGCUCGAACAGAGUGAGGGUUCUCGAACUGAGUGAGUGGUCGCGGACAAAGUAAGGGAUCUCGGACAGAGUGAGGGGGCUCGGACGGAGUUGGGCGAGGAGUGCGACAGGGGAGACUAUGUAGGCUUGUGACCUCUGACCUCCUCAGCCCCAGGAAGAGAAUGGAGGAAAUGGAUUUCUUCAUGUCGGACCUUUAGCGACCUCGAGGGAAACACGGAAUAACCACUGAGGAAGACCUCCGGUUCCACUUCCUGUCCUCUACUUUCUGCCCUCUUCUUCCCUUGUUGCUUCCUGUCCUCUACGUCCUGUACUUCGGGAGGUCAGCCUAUCUACUUCCUGUCCUUCAGGAGCCCAGGCUAUCUACUUCCUGUUCCCUACUUCUGGUCCCGGAGAUCAGGCUCUAUACUUCCUGUGCUCUACUUCCUGUCGGAGCUCAGCCAUGGCUAACAACUCGUUCCGGGUGUCGAAGCGCGGCGGCCGUGCAGAGGCUAAUCAUAGCGCCCCGGAGUUCAGCGUCUCCGUGAAGGAGCUGCAGGCGCUGAUGGAGCUGAAGGGGUCAGAAGGCGCCGCCCACAUCCAGGAGGUCUACGGUGAUGUCGGCGGGCUCUGCGCCAAGCUCAGGACCUCCCCCGUCAAUGGGCUGGACGGGACUGCCGAGGACUUACAGCGACGGAGGGAGGGGUUCGGCCAGAAUCACAUCCCUCCCAAGAAGCCAAAGACCUUCCUGCACCUGGUGUGGGAGGCCCUGCAGGACGUCACCCUGAUCAUCCUGGAGGUGGCGGCCAUCAUCUCGCUGUCCCUGUCCCUCUACAACCCCCCCGACACCAGGAGGGAGAACUGUGGCCGAGCGGCAGGUGGGGUGGAGGACGAGGGCGAGGCGGAGGCGGGCUGGAUCGAGGGCGCGGCCAUCCUCCUGUCGGUGGUGUGCGUUGUCCUGGUGACGGCCUUCAACGACUGGUCCAAGGAGAAGCAGUUCCGCGGGCUGCAGAGCCGCAUCGAGCAGGAGCAGAGGUUCUCUGUGGUGAGGGGGGGGCAGCUGGUCCUCGUCCUGGUGUCUGAGAUCCUGGUGGGAGACGUGGCCCAGGUCAAGUAUGGGGACUUGCUGCCUGCGGAUGGAGUGCUGAUCCAGGGGAACGACCUGAAGGUGGACGAGAGCUCCCUUACCGGGGAGUCAGACCACGUCAAAAAGACCCUGGACAAAGAUCCCAUGCUCCUCUCUGGCACCCAUGUGAUGGAGGGCUCUGGGAAGAUGCUGGUGACGGCUGUGGGGGUGAACUCUCAGACCGGCAUCAUCUUCACCCUGCUGGGCGCCGCGGACCAGGAGGAGGACGACGAGGAGGAGAAGGAGAAGAAGGAGAAAAAGAAGGAGGAGAAGAAGAAAGAGAGGGAGCGGAAAAAGAAAGAGAAGAAAGACAAAAGUAAGAAAGAGGGAAAGGGGAAGAAAGGUAAAGAUGGCGUUGCCGUGGAGAUGCAACCUCUGAACGACGACGGAGAGAAGAAGAAACCAAACCUCCCGAAGAAGGAGAAAUCUGUCCUGCAGGGGAAGCUAACCAAGCUAGCCGUCCAGAUCGGCAAAGCAGGUCUCUUCAUGUCGGGGAUCACGGUGGUCAUCCUCAUCACCCUCUUCGCGGUGGACACCUUCUGGGUGCAGGGUCUCCCCUGGGUGUCAGAGUGCGUCCCCGUCUACAUCCAGUUCUUCGUCAAGUUCUUCAUCAUCGGGGUGACGGUGCUGGUGGUGGCGGUCCCCGAGGGUCUGCCCCUGGCCGUCACCAUCUCCCUGGCCUACUCCGUCAAGAAAAUGAUGAAGGACAACAACCUGGUGCGCCACCUGGACGCGUGCGAGACCAUGGGCAACGCCACGGCCAUCUGCUCGGACAAGACGGGCACGCUCACCAUGAACCGCAUGACGGUGGUGCAGGCCUACCUGGGGGGCCGCCACUACCGCAAGGUCCCGGAGCCCGACCUCGUCCCCGCCCGCCUCCUGGACCUCCUGCUCAUGGGCAUCGGGGUCAAUUGUGCCUACACCACCAAGAUCAUGGCCCCGGAGAAGGAGGGGGGGCUGCCCCGGCAGAUCGGCAACAAGACGGAGUGCGCCCUGCUGGGCUUCAGCCUGGACCUGAAGCGGGACUACCAGGCGGUCCGCAACCUGAUCCCCGAGGAGCGGCUCUUCAAGGUGUACACCUUCAACUCGGUGCGCAAGUCCAUGAGCACCGUGCUGAAGAACGCCGACGGAGGCUACCAGAUGUUCAGCAAGGGCGCCUCGGAGAUCCUUCUCAAGAAGUGCUGUAAGAUCCUGACGGCGAGUGGCGAGGCGAAGGCCUUCAAGGCACAGGACCGUGAGGAGGUGAUGGAGCAGGUGGUGGAGCCCAUGGCGUCUGAGGGCCUCCGCACCAUCUGCCUGGCCUACCGCGACUUCCCCCCCGCCGACGGGGAGCCCGACUGGGACAACGAGGCAGACAUCCUCUCCGCGCUCACCUGCGUCUGUGUGGUGGGCAUCGAGGACCCCGUCAGACCCGAGGUCCCAGACGCAAUCAGGAAGUGUCAGCGCGCGGGCAUCACGGUGCGCAUGGUAACCGGGGACAACAUCAACACUGCCCGCGCCAUCGCCCUCAAGUGCGGCAUCCUGAACCCCGGCGACGACUUCCUGUGCAUGGAAGGGCGCGAGUUCAACCGCAGGAUCCGCAACGAGCUGAAUGAGAUAGAGCAGGAGCGUAUCGAUAAGGUUUGGCCCAAGCUGAGAGUCCUGGCUCGAUCGUCUCCCACCGACAAACACACUCUGGUGAAAGGCAUCAUCGACAGCACGGUGUUGGAGCAGCGGCAGGUGGUGGCGGUGACAGGGGACGGGACUAACGACGGCCCCGCCCUCAAGAAGGCUGACGUCGGAUUCGCCAUGGGUAUAGCCGGUACUGACGUGGCCAAGGAGGCAUCGGACAUCAUCCUGACAGACGAUAACUUCUCAAGCAUCGUGAAGGCGGUGAUGUGGGGGAGGAACGUCUACGACAGCAUCUCCAAGUUCCUUCAGUUCCAGCUCACCGUCAACGUGGUGGCGGUCAUCGUCGCCUUCACUGGAGCCUGCAUCACACAGGACUCCCCCCUGAAGGCGGUUCAGAUGCUGUGGGUGAACCUCAUCAUGGACACGCUGGCCUCGCUGGCCCUGGCCACGGAGCCACCCACCGAGGCCCUGCUGCUCAGGAAGCCCUAUGGCCGGAACAAGCCCCUGAUCUCCAGGACCAUGAUGAAGAACAUCCUGGGCCACGGGGUCUACCAGCUCAUCACCAUCUUCACCCUGCUGUUUGCAGGUGAGAGGCUGCUGGACAUCGACUGCGGCCGCAACGCCCCGCUCCACGCCCCUCCCUCUGAGCACUACACCAUCGUCUUCAACACCUUCGUCCUCAUGCAGCUCUUCAACGAGAUCAACGCGAGGAAGAUCCAUGGCGAGAGGAACGUCUUCGACGGCGUGUUCAACAACCCCAUCUUCUGCAGCAUCGUCCUCAGCACUUUUGUCAUCCAGUUCGUUAUCGUGCAGUUUGGGGGGAAACCGUUCAGCUGUGUGAGUCUCAGCAUGGAACAGUGGCUGUGGUGCGUCUUCCUGGGCUUCGGAUCGCUGCUUUGGGGACAGGUGGUGUCCACCAUCCCUACCAGCCGUCUGAAGUUCCUGAAGACGGCUGGCCACGGCACGCAGCAGGAGGAGAUCCCUGAGGAGGAGCUGGACGAGAUGGACGACCUGGACGAGAUCGACCACGCCGAGAUGGAGCUCCGCCGGGGCCAGGUGCUCUGGUGCCGCGGCCUCAACCGCAUCCAGACCCAGAUCCGGGUGGUGAACGCCUUCCGGGACACCAUGUCCCCGUACGAGGGCCUGGAGACGCCAGAGUCGCGGAGCUCCAUCCACAACUUCAUGACCCACCCGGAGUUCCGCAUCGAGGACUCGGAGCCCCACAUCCCGCUCAUCGACGAUAACGUGGGCGACGACGACGACGCACCCACCAAGCGGAACUCCGUGGCCCCGCCCCAUUCUCUUGCGUCACCCAAUCAGAACAACAACGCCCUGGAGAGGAUCCACCCACUGCACCUAGGAGCCCCGCCCCAUUCUUCCUCUUCAGGCCCCUCCCCCUGCCCCGGGAGCCCCCUCCACAGUCUGGAGACCUCCCUCUGAGGAGCCAACUCCGCCCACAUGGGGGCGGAGUCAGUGAUGACAAUGCUGAGCCGGCCAACAGGAACGCCCCCUCGACGUUUGGACUGUUCCCAUUGGAGGACUCCAAACUGUUUGUUUUUACCCUUGUUGGGAGUUUGUUCUCGUGUGUUCUGUUUGAGCGUCAACUUUGAUUGACUUAGGGCCCGGGGGGGCGGAGACAAGAACCAGGAAAUGCUUAACCACCAAAGGGAUUUACCGUAAAAGAACCAAUUUGGGAAAAAUGUCUAAAAACGAAUGUUGGAAUUCGCACACAGGAACCCUUAAACAGAAAUGUUUUAUUUUCCUUUAUUGUAAUUGUUGUAUUUAUUUUAUUUAUUCACUGCUAGAGAAAAAGAAGGAAGACACAAAUUGAAGUUGGGAACCAGAUGUUCCGUAGGACGUUGAAAGAGUAAAGAUCUGAUCUUAGAUCAGAACCACAAUGGUCUACCUCCCUGGUCGCUCCUAGUUGGUAGAACAUGAAUCUUAAACCUUCCUCAUCCCUCCUCAUCCUCUCAGUUCCUCGCCAGUGGUGACUCUCACCACUACCCGCUGUUGGCUCCAUGGCGACGUGGUAACAAUGGCGACUCCAUUAAAUACUCAAUCAAUUAAAUAACAAAAGAGUCAGGUGACGUAAUUAAUGUUUGUGUUUGUAAAAGUAACAAGUGAAGUCUCUGGUUGGAUGAUCGAAACAUUUGAAUAAAGACUCACAAACAUGUCGACCAGUAUGGCUUACCUAUACCUUUCUGUCACUUUGUGUUCAAGGUUUUUUUUUAAUGUUUAGAUUCACUAGCCUAGACCCGCUGAACGUUAUGAUAUCACGAGAACGGCAGAGAGCUAACGUCAGUCUGUUAGUGUUAGCAGUAGCUAUAGGAACACUUUACACAGCGAGGCUGUUAGUGCUAGCCAUAGCUAUAGGAACACAGCAAGGUGAGGUGUGAUUGGCUGAACUGCUUUAGGGCCAGCCGAACUGAGUCCUUGUUGUUGUAGAUGAACCGGCCAUCCUUACCAAAGGUCUUUCUUCGUACCGUCCCUCAUUUGUGGCAGAUAUCUGAAAGUGCUUCUUCAAGUUGUUGUAAAGAAUGACCUUUCAAAUUGAAAUUUGAUUUGUUAUAACCUGAGAUAGACUUAGUAUAGUUUCACUCAAAGAGAUUCCACUUAUGUGUCCUCAUAUCAUAGAUUCCCAUAUCAUAGAUCUUCUUCUGCUUAGCUGUUCUAGAAAGGCCAUAAUUAAAUGCAUUAGAAGGACAUUUAUAAUGAGAUACAAUGCUUGUAACAAUAGCUGGACUGCCUUUAAUUCAUCAUCAUUUUAAAGCAUAGUUGUGGUGUUCAUUGCAAGGGUACCUGUUACUUAUCACUAACAACGUCAUAGUUACAAACGCUGGGUUAGGACUAUUGCCAAAGCAAUUUAACUUGUUAUAAAUGCAUGUUAUAAUGCAACAAGUGUCCUUGUAAUGCAUCAAAUAUGGUCUUCAAGUGUUAAAAUAAGUAAUUUUAUUUUGUUUUUUACUAUUUCACAAUUUUGUAGGAUAAUGUGAGUUGUGAGUUCUGUGAGCUAAUAUCGUUUGCUAAUAUCGUUGAUAUUGUAUGUUAAUAUCGUCAGUAUGUGGUUGUUGCGAUUUUUUGAAAUUUGUUGAGUUUCAGAUUUUUGGGGGAAAAUAAAACUGAUAUUUAGAUUACCUUA